AUGCUCAGAUUUGUAGCAAUUUUAUUGGAAGCAGUUGAAGCAAGGGGUGGAUGUGAAGAAAGAGGCAACAUGGGUCGAAAGUAUGGGCCAAGAAUGGCAGGAAGAAGGAAGUGCCACCGAGACAAGGACGAUUCCGUCUUGGACGGGAUUCUUGAUAACACAAACACAGACUACUGCGUAUUUGGGCCAAUUUCAAAGAAUCCAAAUGGGACAUUCAGUUUUGGAGACAAAUUGUGCAUAGAUCCAGAUCAACACAUCUACAAAUGCCAGGAUGGAAUUGAUUUGGAUUUCAAGAAGGUCUGGAACUGCGACAACUUCGUGAUUCAGGAGCAGAUUUCCGGAAAGUGUCUGGUGCGCGAUGAUGGAAAGUACUUCCUAGGCAGCUGUGAUACGUGUUUGAAUAACACAUUCUUCAACCUGACUGAUCAGUGUCUGAAGCCGAAUAUCGAGGAUACGAUUGGAACAUUGCUCUGUGACGAGAUAAACAAGUCAUUCAAUACGAAGCAGAAGAGGCGAAACAGGGGCACGCCUCUCUGUAAGCUGAUGGACAUCCAGGACGAGUUGGAGGACUCGAUUGAAGACGUUCUGAAGCCAACGGGCCUGAGAAAGUUGACUGUGAAAAUAGACAAAAAUGGGCCAGGAUACGACCGAUUUGUGGGCAACGUGUUGGACCGUCUUGUGGGGCCAAAUGACUGCGACCAGCAUCUUUUCAGAAGCACGGUCUUCAGAAACAGCAGACGCAGAAGAAAAUGCUGA